AUGAGUGACUUACUUGAAUACGUUUCAGUUUCAUGCCCAACGUUAAAUGGAAAAGCAUUUUUAGAAAAGUUCCUGCCUGCAUUGCCAGAAGAGUUCUUUUGCUGUACAGAGAAUGAUGCUGAAUUACAAUUGAAAUCGCGCAUGAUAUCUCUUUUGGGUAGUGAGGCGCUAUUUGAGGAGCUCGAAAAAGAUUGUCACUUGGAGAAUCUUUAUGUGGAUGAUGAAUUUCACACUUUGGACGAACUACUUCAUGUUGUACCGGAUCGCACAAACCAGCGUCUAAAAUCACUUAAGACUCUAGAAGCUCUUCCAAAGGGUCGUGCUGAAAAAGAUGUUGAGAAACAUGCACUUGGGAUACGUGGCCGUUUUAGGAGGCCCUUAAUUGAUAUGGGCUACCUGAACUCGCCAGACGGCUGCUUUGACUGUGGCUUCCCCAUUCAAGAUGUUGUCUUAACCGUUUUUGUUUAUCGGCCGAUCGCAUUCAAAGAAACGGACUGUAGCAAUGCGCCUUGGACAAUGGUUAUGGAGCAAAGAAUAGAAAUUCUGGGAUCUCAGACGCUGUCAAAUCUGAGGGAUGCGAUAAAGUGCCCACAGGAUAUGGUCUAUUUGGGAGAUUGUUCUGAAGCACUCGACCAACCGGAUUUUCAUAUUCCAGCUCGAGCUAUGUAUCCUUCAUCUUAUUUUUUUAUUGAGGACACUUUUUACGAUGAUCUACGUGAUCCGAGGGCUACCAGACUGAGCACGUGUGUCAUUGAUUGGCAGAACAAUCGCACAGAAUGGAUAAAAGACCACUAUUCUGCCUCUACAAUGGAUGAACGUGUGUUAGGCGACCUUAAUUUGAUUCUCGGAAAACCUUACCUCUUCCUGCAUCAGGGUAAUUGUGAACAUGCCAUCAUCUUCACCACAGCAAGGCUGACAGACCGUACCUGCGCCCAGUCUGUUUACGCUUACCCUAAGUGUACCGGCAGGGCUCCACAAAAGCGAUUAUCUUGUGAGGCUUGCAACUGUUUGAGGGCACAGUGGUUAGUUCAUGAGGCUGGAGAUAUUCUUCCCAAAGAUCCAACCAUGCUCUGCAUUGUCUGCCUCCGUUACCUUCUUUAUACCUCAAAUGGAGAGAAAAUCCAUCCUCGAUUCCGUGUUCAAAAAUUCUUCGGCUAUGAGUUUUGCCGGUGA